UAGCAACGAUGUAAACUAUCAUGGCCGACUUGUAGAUACCGACUUAGAUCUAAAUGAAAAUUGAAGGAUUUUUAAUACACAAAUAAAUUCCCUUUAAUCUUAAAUUGAAAAAUAAAUGUGUACAGACAGAGCACUAAAUUAGUGUUUUCAAAUCUUUUUCACCAUGGAUAUAAAUCCCUUAGCAAACCCAAAAGGGUCAAAACUGGUGUGUGAGAUUUGUCAGAUGCCAGCUUUUCUUCAGUGCAAAGCAUGCAAAUUGACCUAUUACUGCUCGGUUGAACACCAAAAAGCUGACUGGGUUGGUAUUCAUGAAAAAAUUUGUGAAAAGCUUGCUUUCCUUAGACAACCCACACCUUUUAUGCCAUCCAAAGAGGAACGCGAGAAAAGACAAAUGCAAGUAAAAUUAAUGAAGAUAGAUCUUAUUGAAAUGUCUCGGACUUUAGCUCAGAAAAUGUUGUUUGAAGGGAAACAUGAGGAGUCUGUCCCUGCAGCUAUGCAGUCACUAAGAUAUGCCAUAGAUGUUUUUGGAGUGGCUACCAUUGACCUUGUUCCAUCAUACCUUCUUUUAGGGGAAGCUAGUGUGGGUCUUGGCAAGUUGACUCAGGCAGAGGAUUACCUGGCUAAAGCUCAGUGGACUGUCCUGAAAACUCCGGACAGUUCCAGGGCAAUCAAAUCCAAACUUUACAGAAAUCUUGGUCUUCUUUAUGCAGCCAAAGGCGAUAUUGAAGAAUCACUCAGGAAUUUUGCUGAUGAUAUUUACCAUUCAUCCGAAGAAUUCGGAACUGACCAUAUCAGAACAUCAGGUGGAUAUUUCCACAUGGCCAAUGUGUUCUUUAGACAAGGAAAAAUGGAUGUUGCUGAUUCUAUGUACAGACAGGUAAUCAACAUUUGGCAUGAACAUUUGUCUGACAUCCUGACACAAGUGGUAGCCAUGGAAACCACAGCUAAAUCCAAAUCAAGAAUGAUUGGACCAGCUAAGGGACUUCUUGAUGAAAUAUCAAGUGGACAAGAUGCUGCUCAAGAUGCUGAAGCUGUGCAAAUCUUGACCUCUAUCUAUGACAUCAGAGAACACCAGACCAACAGGCAAGCCCAGGACUUGGCUCAGACUUGCCAUGCCCUGGCCAUGUUGUAUUUUGUGUUAGGUGACAUCAAAAAGGCUAAAGAGUUUGGAAGAAAAGCAAUUGUAGCCAGUGACCAAGUCAAAGAUGAUAAUUUCUCAAAAUCGCUGGUUGAAUUCAUGAAGUUUUGUGAAAAGCAAAGCACUUUAUAGUAGCAAUAAAGCAUUGUUAUCACAUACAUUUUUUUUCUAAUAACUCUGAAUUUACACAAAACAUUUUUUUCAAAAUUUUAAUGUGCUUUGGGUGUAAAUGAAAUAUGAUCAUGAAUUUACAAUUACAAUAGUAUAUUUUGUUUCCAAGUAGAAGAGUUUCACUUUAUAUUUUAUUCAAGUUUCGCAAAUCAGUUUGUUGGAGCUUUUGUAAACAUAUUAUAAAAAAGUUUUUGUAAAUAUUCAUGUUAAAUUGUUAAUUUUAGUAACUUGACUUAAAUAUAUAGCUUUUCUAGUGAAAAGACUAACAAAUAAUGUUUAGAAUUUCAAACAAAUAACAAAAACAUCAUAAACAGUUGCAAUAAUGUUUUAUUAGCAUUUUGUUUAAUAGAUCAAUUUACACAUUUUUUUUUUAAUUUUGGAGCUGUAUAUGCAUAAUAACUACCUGAUAUGUCUUCUCUAAAAACAAAAACACUUGCUAUUGUUAAGCAGUUUACAGUAUUGUCUUAAAAUAAAAUGCGUUCAACUUUA